AUGGAUAUUAAGGUUAAAAAAACUGAGCCUACAAACCUCAGUGAAUUAAGAAAGGGUCCAUGGACGUUAGAAGAGGACACCGUUCUGGUUACUUACAUUACAACCCAUGGUGAAGGUCACUGGAACACUGUUGCAUCUUCUGCAGGUCUGAAGAGAAGUGGGAAAAGUUGCAGAUUAAGGUGGCUAAAUUACUUGCGUCCUGAUGUGCGACGUGGAAAUAUCACACUCCAAGAACAGAUUCUUAUUCUUGAACUCCACUCUCGAUGGGGGAAUAGGUGGUCGAAAAUUGCGCAGCAUCUUCCAGGAAGAACCGACAAUGAAAUAAAAAACUAUUGGAGAACGAGAGUGAUAAAGCAAGCGAAGCAGCUCAAGUGCGAUGUCAAUAGUAAACAGUUCAGAGAUGUCUUGCGUUACGUGUGGAUGCCCCGUUUGCUUGAACAGGUUCAAACAGCACCCGCAUCUGGAUUUCACGACCCGAAUAAACCCGAUUUCAUUCUUCAUCACAACACAUCGCACAGUUCAGUUUCAGGGCCAAAAACAAACUCCUCAAGUGUCAGUGGUAGUGGUAUUUCCUCGGAAUCUUCAUCACUGGAAUUCCAAGCUCCUUCGAUUUCAGACCAAGAAGUGUUGCCAAGUUUUAAUAAACAGAUUCCAGAACAAGGGAAUAGUAGUGGUGGUGGUGGUGAUGGUGACGGUGAUGACUUGUUGGAGACUUUUUUGAACGAUGAAAGCAUGUGGUUUUUGCAACAACUUUCUGAUGAUUUAGAAAUAAAAUACAAUUUACUUGCGUGA